AUGGACACAUUACCAAAGAUACGCGCCCUCUUCAACGAUCCAUCCACUGCUGAUCUCACACUUCGCAUUGAUGGCAGGGCUUAUUUUGCUCAUAAAUGUAUUCUUAACUUACAAUCUGAAUGGUUUCAAAAGUAUUUAGAAGAAAAUCGUCAAAGUGAUGAAGGGAAUGAGGAAAGUAAUGAAAAUAACCGAAAAGAUUUUGAUGAAAGUGCUUUUCAAUAUGAGAUUUAUUAUGAUUAUGAUAUUUUUGGAUAUCUUUUGGCUUAUUGUUUAACGAAAUUCACUGACUGCCUCUUAAAACAUAUUUCAAAGUCCUGGAAACCCAAUGAAUACAAAUGGAAAGUUGGAUUGAUGAUUAGUAAAUGGUUAGGAUUAGCAGAAACUCGAUUAACGAUUUUGAAAUUCUCAGCAAGAAUAUUAAUAAAGAUUAAAGAUUCUCGAAAUUUCGAGUUGAUAAAAUCCAUAAUUGAUAAAGAUGAUUGGAAUGAGAUUGAAAAGAUUAUGAAUGAAUUAUCGAGUGAUGAAGUGCAAAUCGAAAAUGAAUUAUUGGAAGAUGGUGUAUUAGGGUUGGACGAGAAUGGAAAUGUUGUCGAAUCUUCUUCUUCCUAUGCUUCUUCAAAUGGAGAUUCUGACAAUGAAUCAGAAGAUCAUCAAAGAAGCAUAAAUGACGAUAAAUGA